AUGGCUACCCAUCAUCACCUCAAUUUCAGGUUGAGAGGGAUCCCAACGAGAUAUGAGACAAGGAUUGACGUCCGUGAACUCGUCAAAAGCGUCCUUUCCAUUGAACCUGGCGCGAGCGUUAUUAUACAUUCGCUUGUGGACAAUCCGAUCGAACCCGACAGUCAAGUCGCAACCUUGAGCUUUCAUACUCUCCCGGCCGAUUUAAGCGAUGGGUCAAAAAACGAGUGGUCAUUCAGCUUGCCGACAGAUGAUUCUUCAUGUGAGGAUGAGUUUAGCCGCAUGGACUAUCUGGUAUUUGACACACAUUUCACGGGGUUCACACCUUUACAACACACAAAAGCUGAGAACUGCCAUGUCAAUCUAAUUGCGAUAUCUGGCCUUGGUGGUCAUGCUUUCGGUUCCUUUAAAGAGAGAGGAGGACCGUUCAUGUGGCUACGGGAUGUGCUUCCAUUUGAUUUCCCUGGUGCGAGAAUCCUCAUUUACGGAUACGAUACUCAAAUCGAGCAAAGUGUUUCUUUCCAGAAUCUAGCAGACCUUGGAAAGGCCCUGGGAAUUGACUUGAGAAGUCUUCGUGUACUCGAGGAAAAUGCGGCCAUAGUUUUCAUUGGACAUAGUCUUGGGGGACUUGUUAUCAAAGAGGCUAUGACUAAUUUGCAUGAGGCAAUGAACAAGCAGAGCGCCUCAAUCUUGCAUUCUGUCUCUGGGUUCUGCUUUUUCGGCGUACCUCACCAAGGGAUGGCGAUUGAGUCAUUAGUCCCUUUGGUCAUGAACAAUCCCAACCGGAGCCUUCUCGAAUCUCUGAAUAAAAAUUCGGCACUCCUCCAAAGUCUUGAAAGGGAUUUCAGCAAUCUAUUCGUUGCCACAAAGCCUGAAAUCUUCUCAUUCUACGAAACAGAGAAAUCCCCGACUGCAAUCAAGACAGAAAAGGGCAAAUGGGAACUCUGUGGGCCACCUGAAGUUUUGGUGGAUGUCUCAUCUGCGACAUGCGGCUGCAACGAGCGAUAUCCUAUCAACCGAAAUCAUUCGGAGUUGGUCAAAUAUCACAAUCGCCAUGAUGGUUGCUACGUACGUGUCAGAAGCGUGUUAGAGCCACUGUUGGGUAAAGAGAGUCGUCUGGCAUUUGAGUCCAAGAAAGCUGAACAUAGCGAGUCUCUGAGAUCACUCUCAUUUCGUGAGCAAGAGUCAAGAUACCUUGAAAUUCACACCGCAAAUGAGACUUGCGAGUGGCUACUUCAAGAACCGCAAUAUCAGACUUGGAUGAACAAAAGUCACGGCCUGUUCUGGAUCAAAGGGAAUCCUGGAGCGGGCAAAUCUGUGCUUAUGAAGUUUGCUCUUGAUGAAAUGAAGCGCAGGCAAUCUGGUGAAGUUGUCGCAUCCUUUUUCAUCCAUGGUCGUGGAGUCCUUCUUCAAAAAACACCCGCUGGCGUCCUCCGCGCAUUAUUGAGCUCAAUACUGGAACACUUUCCUGCCGAUCUCUCUCGGGUCACCCAGCGAUUUAAAGAUUACCAAAGACAGUUUGGAUCCUAUGUAGAAGGAAGGUGGGAUUGGACACAAAAAGAACUUGAAGACUUCAUGUCUUAUACCCUGACCAAGGGUACCAUGAGUCCUGCCACAGUCAUCUUCAUCGAUGCACUCGACGAAUGUGGAGAAAACUAUGCCAGAGGCUUAUUCGCGUAUUUCAAAAACCUAAUGGAAGUCGUCGAGCGGAAAGGGGGCCAGGUGAAAAUCUGCAUUUCCUCCAGGCAUUAUCCAAUUCUUGGCCUGAACACAAUUCCAACAAUAUCUGUGGAAGAGCGAAAUGACACAGAUAUUCGAUUCGUUGUCCAGGAACUACUUCGGGAAAUCCAGCCAAGAGCAAAACGCCAAGAGGUCGAGAAACAGAUCCUUCUGAAAGCCCAAGGGGGGUUUCUAUGGGCAAUUUUGGUAACGCAGCGGGUUAUACACAACAGUAUAAUUGGUACAAAAAACAAAAAGCUUUUUGAACAGCUCACAGUUACUCCCGAGACACUUAACGAACUAUAUACCGAUAUUCUGAAAGACACCGCCGGGAAAGAGAGAUUACAAAUGAUCAAACUUUUCCAGUGGGUUCUAUUUGCCGAGCGACCUUUGUCUUCACAAGAGCUACGGGAGGCGAUCGCCACUGAUAGGGACAUGACUUGCGCGACCGUAUCUCAACUCAGAGAUCAUGACAGCUGGAUCGAAAGCUUGAAUCAAUUUGAGAUACAUAUCAAACACAUCACGAAAGGAUUGGUGGCAUUCGAAACUCGCGACCUUUGGGAACACUUUCUUCAGCAGCACGGGCCGUCCCUGCAUGCCAACCAAACUCCCACUGGGGCUGGCCACUUUGAGAUAUCGAGAUCCUGUCUCAGAUACAUUAUGUUGAGUGAAGUGCUUGAGGCAACCCAGCUCUCUCGUAGCCUCCUUUGCGCAACCUUUCCGCUGCUACCGUAUAUGAUCCGGUUCUUCUUUCACCAUAUUCGGAAGGUGGAACAGGAAGGAAUUCUCCAAACGGACUUGCUCCCACUUCUUUGGGAUGAAAAGGCAGGACCGUCAGACAAGAUUGCCAGGCUAUGGAGAACCUUAGACCCUGAAAGUGCACAUACACCGAAUGGGUGGCCAUACAUUGGUGCAACACCCCUCCAUGUCCUAGUCGCACUCGGGUCCAGGAGCGCAUUUGAAACGUUUCUGCAAGAAAACCCAGAGGUUGACGGCAGAGACUUGGAAGGAAACACACCACUACUUCUUGCCAUCAGAGAGUCCCAUCUUGACAUGGCCCUGAUGCUGGUGAACCGGUCCGUUGAUUGGAAACUUCGGUACGCCAACGGGAUUGACGAGGAUAUCAGACGGAUUGACAACACUGACAAUCGAAAAUCAUACGUGACAGGUUUCCAACUUGACGGUGCCAUAUAUUUCGUGGUGCAGGAGCUAUCCUACGAGGGCAAAGAUGAUGUUCUUGAAACAUUCCUUUCCGAAUUGCUGAUAGCGGGUGCAAACACAUGCCGAUUGAUGGCGUUCAAUGCAACAUCUAACGCCGAUACGUACUAUAAUAAUGUCAACAAUGAAGAUGAGGACGACGAUGCCAUUCUAUUGGCGUCACGAAGAGGACAAGCGUCUACAGUCUCUACUCUUCUAAUACAUGGCGUAUCGGCCACUUACCAGGGCAGUAACGGACAGACGCCCCUCGAUUUAGCUCUAGCCGGCGGGCAUCUUGAUAUAAUCAGGCUGCUUCUCGAAAAAGGCGUCGACCAAAAUGCUUUAUGCAAUAAGCACGGACAGAUACCACUUGAGUUAGCUUUAGGAAAGGGGCAAUUCGACGUCGCCAGAUUGCUUUUCGAAAUGGGCGCCGACCCGAAUGCUUUAGCUUUGGGAAAAGGGCAACUCGACGUCGCCAGACUGCUUCUCGAAAUGGGCGCCGACCUAAAUGCUAUAAGCAGUAGUAAAAAACAGACACUACUUCAGUCGGCUUUAAAUAACGGGUAUUUCGACAAAGUUGAACUGCUUCUCGAAAUGGGCGCUGAUCUGCAUGCGGUAAACAAUAAGGAUAGACAGGCACUACUUUAUUCAGCUUCUGCUGCCGGAUAUUUGGAAGCAGUCAGAUUACUUCUCGAUAAAGGUGCCGACCCAAAUGCUACACAAAGCAACAAGGACGGACGAAUACCACUUUAUGCUGCUACCACCAACAGACAUAUCAAGGUGGUCCAACUUCUUCUGGAGAAGGGCGCUAAAGUAGAUGCCUCGGGGUAUCUCGGACGGACACCACUUUAUUCUGCUUGUGCCAACGGACACAUCGAGAUAGCCAGGUCCCUUAUAGAAAAGGGUGCAAGCCUGAGAUUUCUAGACGGUUACAAACGAACAGCACUCGAACUUGUUGUUGCUAACAAUCAUUUCGAACUUGUUGCACUCCUUGUGGAAAUGGGUGCUAACCCAAAUGUUAGAAACGAUCUUGGACGGACGCUGCUCAAUCUUGCUGCGGGUGGUGGGCGCCCUGAAUUAGUUGAACGACUUCUCAGGCCUAACUACCCUCGAUCGGGGCGGAAGGACGCCGCUUGA